CAGUAGUUCCUCUUCUCUGUUCACAGACGAGACACUAGAAACAUGGCCAGAACCAAGCAGACCGCCCGUAAAUCCACCGGAGGCAAAGCCCCCAGGAAGCAGCUGGCCACUAAGGCCGCGCGUAAGAGCGCCCCGGCCACCGGAGGAGUCAAGAAGCCUCACCGCUACAGGCCCGGGACCGUGGCUCUGAGGGAGAUCCGCCGUUACCAGAAGUCCACCGAGCUGCUCAUCCGUAAACUGCCCUUCCAGCGCCUGGUCAGGGAGAUCGCCCAGGACUUCAAGACCGACCUGCGCUUCCAGAGCUCCGCCGUCAUGGCUCUGCAGGAGGCCAGCGAGGCUUAUCUGGUGGGUCUGUUCGAAGACACCAACCUAGAACUCAACAUGUCUGGAAGAGGAAAGGGAGGCAAAGGUUUGGGGAAAGGAGGCGCCAAGCGUCACCGUAAAGUUCUCCGUGACAACAUCCAGGGCAUCACUAAGCCCGCUAUCCGCCGUCUGGCUCGCCGUGGCGGUGUGAAGCGUAUCUCUGGUCUGAUCUACGAGGAGACCCGCGGAGUGCUCAAGGUUUUCCUGGAGAACGUCAUCCGUGACGCUGUGACCUACACCGAGCACGCCAAGAGGAAAACUGUGACCGCCAUGGACGUAGUGUACGCCCUGAAGAGACAGGGCCGCACUCUGUACGGCUUCGGAGGUUAAACUCUGCUCCAAAUCACGACACAACGGCCCUUUUCAGG